UGUUACCUAGGGAUUAUGUCUGAUGUGUUCACACCCCGGGGAAAGGCGCACAAAAUCCACUUUGUGCAAACAACACCACCACUUGGAUGUCCUGCUAGUCAUUCGGCUAACGGCCAAGAAGCAUGCCCAACCAUCACUUGGACCCUGAUGUUCCCCACAGCUCGGCUUUGGGCGCAAAACUGGGUCAAGAUUGCACCGCGUGUUAUCACUGACACUGCACAUUGUCUACUUAUGCCACUUAAGUUCCAUAUUCGUUGCCACCACCAGGUCGGCGUGCAUUUCAAUAUCAGCAUUUGGCAAGUCCAUUAUUGACCAACUCCAGAAUUUGCAGCUGUUGCCAGCAGGCGUCAACUGCAUAGCCCCAAAGAUGGAGCGUUUCGUAGCAGAAACUGAUGCAUAUCGAACUCACAGUGUCCACGAUCUCAUCACACUGAAGGGCAAAACAGCGGUAAUCACAGGCGGUGGACGUGGGCUCGGACUAGCCAUUGCACGAGGCUGCGCCGAGCUGGGUGCCAAUAUUGCCGUGCUGGAUGUGUUAGAACACUCCGACGAUGUCACAAAGCUGGAAGAAGGGACGGGGAUUAAGACCAAAUAUUACCGGGUUGACGUAACCCAGAAAAAAUCACUAGAAAGUACAUUCGAAGAUAUCAAGAAUCAUUUUGGAAGUAUCGACUGCCUUGUGACCGCAGCAGGCGUGGGCACCGGUGGCCCAUUCGUUGACAACAGCAUGGACCAGAUUAACAGGAUCAUAUCCAUCAACGUCACAGGGACGAUUCUGUGCUCCCAGCUUGCCGUACAGCAGAUGCUCAAGCAAGGCACAGGUGGCGCCAUUGUCACAAUAUCGUCCAUCGGCGGCCACGGGGGCAUUGUAGGUCAGAAAAACGCCGUUUAUUGUGCAAGCAAAGGUGCCAUCUUAGGAUUCACCAAAUCCCUGGCUGUGGAACUUGCAGAAAGUGGUAUCAGAGUGAAUAGCAUCAGCCCUGGGUUCUUCCUCACAAAAAUGACACCAGGGUAUCAAGCCCAAGAUGUCGCCUUACUGGAGGCCUUUGAGAAGCCCAUUCCUAUGAAGAGGUUCGCGGACCGAUCAGAGAUCAAGAGUAUAGCAGCUUUCUUGCUCACCGAGGCAAGCUCAUAUAUCACUGGAGAAGAUAUUGCGGUAGAUGGGGGGAUACUAGCGGCGUGAUACCUGGAAACAAGAGCUGUCUCCAGCACAUGACCAUUUGGCCAACGUCGCGUGAACCCGGUCUCGACUGCACGGUCGAAACAGUGUAAGUAGUGGUUCAUGCAAUAUAGAUGCUUAGGUGCC